CGGAGCGGUUGAAGCGAAGCGAGAGUCAACUACCGCCGCCCUCUCUCUAGUCCAGAUUUCCAGCGGUCCAGACCGAGAGCUCGGCUCCCUACACGACAUCAUCAUGGACGCCGCCCCGCUCCUCGCUCUCCUCCUCGCGGCCGUGUCCCUCUCCGCGGCGGCGGCGGGCGACGGCGCGCACCCGGGCUACUCCGACGAGGGCACCUGCACGGUGGACGCCGCCGGAGCGGGCGUGGGCUCGGGCCCGGAGCUGCGGCGCCUGGAGGAGCGCCGGCCCGGGCGCAUCAUCGACAUCACGCACGCGUACGUGCCGGACCUUCUGGCGUUCGCGCCGGGGGCUGUCACGGGGCCCUUGGUCCACCUCAAGGAGUCCAUGGCGAACGGGUCCGAGUACAACCUGUCGGAGCUGCGGUUGGAGUGCCACAUGGGCACCCACGUCGACGCGCCAGGCCACAUGAACCAAGGCCACUUCGCCGCCGGCCUCGACGUGGACACGCUCGACCUCGACGUCCUCAACGGACCUGCGUUGCUGGUUGAUGUUCCGAGGGACACAAAUAUAACAGCUGAAGCGAUGGAAUUCCUGAAUAUCCCUAGAGGAGUUCGCCGAGUUCUAUUCAGGACGCUGAACACUGACAGGAAGUUGAUGUGGAGGAAGGGAGGUGACAUGAGCUAUGUUGGGUUUACAGAGGAUGGCGCACAGUGGCUAGUUGACAACACUGACAUAAAGCUAGUCGGAAUCGACAGUCUAUCGGUUGCAGCAUUUGAGCACUUGAUCUCUGCCCAUGUGGUCUUCUUCAAGACCCCGGAUAUAAUCCCUGUCGAAGGCCUGAAGCUAGACAACAUUGAGACGGGAAUAUACAUGCUGCAUUGUUUACCUCUCAGACUGGUUGGAGCCGAGGGUGCACCGACCAGAUGCAUCCUCAUCAAGUGAUCACCCCCCUGCUCUUGCUGGAGGUGACAUUGUAUCAUGCCAGCUGAGCUGAUGCUUCAUCGUGGCCAACGCAUUGAUUCGCAGUCUUCGUCUUCGUCUAUAUGAAACAUAGUGUUGUAUGCCCAUGUAGAUAUGCUUGUACGGACAAUAGAGACACAGCAAUACUUCCAUCAAGGAAAUACUUUUGGGUAAGCCGGUAAUGUAAAAGACAGACAUACAGUUGACUGAAUAAACUAGAGGCCUGAGAGGCUGAGGCCUCGUGCUUCACAAAUGACAAAUGCAGAAAUCAGUGUAAGUUCUG